AUGGCCAAAGCUGUAGUCCCGCUCGUCGCCGUCGUCGCGGCCGCCGUCGCCAUGAUCGUCCUGCGCCAGCGCCAGAAGGCCGAGCGCCCGUACCCCAUGAAGCGCACGCCCAUCAAGCGCCUGCCGCUCGACCAGCUGCCGCGCCUCAAGAACGACCUCCUCGUGCGCGCGUACCUCGGCCAAAAGACCGAGCGUGUGCCCGUGUGGUGCAUGCGCCAAGCCGGCCGCCACUUGCCCGAGUUCCGCGCGCUGCGCAGCGCCGGCUACGACUUCUUCACGAUGUGCCAAGUGCCGGAGCUCGCGGUCGAGGUCUCGCUCCAGCCGCUGCGCCGCUACAACACGGAUGCCGUCAUCAUCUUUUGCGACAUCCUCGUCGUGCCGCAGGCUAUGGGCAUGGAGGUUGUGAUGAAGUCGGGCGUUGGCCCCGUGCUGCCGCAGCCGCUGCGCACGCCGGAGGACCUCAAGCGCCUCGUGAUCAAGCCCGACAUUGAAGCGACGCUCGGCUACCUCAUGGACGCGAUCAACCUCGCGCGCCAAGAGAUCAAGGGCCAGGUCCCGCUCAUCGGCUUCUCAGGCGCGCCCUUCACGCUCUUCACCUACAUGGUCGAAGGCGGCGGCUCGCGCACCAAGGACAAGGUCAAGACGUUCCUCUACAAGUAUCCGGAAGCCGCCCACGAAGCGCUCGCGGCCAUCACGGACGUGUGCGUGCGCUACCUCAUCGCGCAGUACGAGGCCGGCGCGCAGGCCCUCCAGGUCUUUGAGAGCGUUGGCGCCGAGUACUUGACGCAGGAGCACUAUUACGAGUUUGCCUUUCCGUACCUGGCCGAGGUUGGCGCCCCUCACCCUGUGCUCUCUAACGCUGCGUAUGUCGUCUAG